AUGAAUAAGCAUGAAAAUGUAAAGUACUAUAAUGUGGAAAAGUCUCAAAAUAUUAAGAAAUUGCUCAUAGAGAAUAUAGAACAUCAUAAAAUGAUUAUGAAGUUAGUAAGAAAUGGUUAUCCUAAUAAAGAAGCAUUAGCAAUAUAUGGUAGUCUUACGAUAUGGAUGUUUCAACAGUUGACCCAAAUUUCUAUUAUAUUUGAAUCUAUCGCUUCUGAGAGCGAAACGAUAAAGGAUGCUAUUUAUGAUUUGCCAUGGGAAAGUAUGGACUUGAAGAACAGAAAAAUUGUCUUAUCCUUUUUAAGUCACGCUCAAACACCCAUAACGUUUAAAGCUUCGGGAUUAAUAUCAGUUGGAGUGAGAACUAUGGCAGAAAUUAUAAAAACCUCGUUUUCAUAUUAUUUGAUGUUACAUACUGCGGCGAAACUUGAAGCU